AAACUACAGGGCACAGCGGAGGCCUGUUACCUCACCCGACUUCCGCUCCGUGCUCUUCACGGCCGGAAGUAGUCACUCAGAAGCGGAAGUAGUUCGUGUUGGAGGAGGCGACGGUAACUCCGAGUCUUAACCUGGGUGUCGGAAAACCACGCCGCCAAGAUGAAGGUGAAGAUGUUGAGUCGGAACCCUGACAACUAUGUCCGCGAGACUAAGUUGGACUUACAGAGAGUUCCAAGAAACUAUGACCCUACCUUACAUCCUUUUGAGGUCCCACGAGAAUAUGUGAGAGCUUUAAAUGCUACCAAGCUGGAGCGGGUAUUUGCAAAGCCUUUCCUUGCUUCCCUGGAUGGUCACCGAGAUGGAGUCAAUUGCCUGGCAAAGCAUCCGAAGAGCCUGGCUACUGUCCUUUCUGGGGCAUGUGAUGGAGAGGUUAGAAUUUGGAACUUGACUAAGCGAACAUGCAUCCGUACAGUACAAGCACAUGAAGGUUUUGUACGAGGAAUCUGUACUCGUUUUUGUGGAACUUCUUUUUUUACUGUUGGUGAUGACAAAACUGUGAAGCAAUGGAAAAUGGAUGGCCCAAACUAUGGAGAAGAGGAGGAACCAUUGCAUACUAUACUAGGAAAGACCGUAUAUACAGGAAUCGACCAUCACUGGAAAGAACCUGUUUUUGCCACAUGUGGACAGCAAGUGGACAUUUGGGAUGAACAGAGGACCAGUCCUAUAUGUUCAAUGACCUGGGGAUUUGACAGUAUAAGUAGUGUUAAAUUUAACCCAAUUGAGACAUUUCUCUUGGGAAGUUGUGCUUCUGACAGGAACAUUGUACUCUAUGACAUGAGGCAAGCUACUCCUUUAAAAAAAGUUAUCUUAGAUAUGAGGACAAAUACAAUCUGUUGGAACCCUAUGGAAGCUUUCAUUUUUACUGCAGCAAAUGAAGAUUUCAACUUAUACACGUUUGAUAUGCGUGCACUGGACACUCCUGUGAUGGUUCACAUGGAUCACGUAUCUGCCGUGCUGGAUGUGGAUUACUCCCCCACUGGGAAGGAAUUUGUGUCUGCUAGCUUUGACAAGUCUAUUCGGAUCUUUCCUGUGGAGAAAAGUCGAAGCAGGGAAGUCUACCACACAAAGAGAAUGCAACAUGUUAUAUGUGUAAAAUGGACUUCAGAUAGCAAGUACAUUAUGUGUGGGUCAGAUGAAAUGAACAUCCGCCUGUGGAAAGCUAAUGCUUCUGAAAAAUUGGGAGUGCUGACAUCUCGAGAGAAAGCAGCCAAAGAUUACAACCAGAAGUUGAAGGAGAAGUUUCAACAUUAUCCUCAAGUAAAGCGAAUUGCCCGUCACCGGCAUCUGCCCAAAUCCAUCUACAGUCAGAUUCAGGAACAACGGGUUAUGAAAGAAGCUCGGCGGCGGAAGGAAGUGAAUCGUAUCAAACAUAGCAAGCCCGGAUCUGUGCCAGUUGUGUCAGAGAAGAAAAAACACAUCGUGGCUGUUGUGAAAUAAUACUUGGUAUUUCUGCUUCACUGCUGAUGAAGAUUUCCCCCUACAGGUGGGGCCCAGGUGUCUGAACCUGGGUCCUUGUGCAUGGUAACUUGUGCACUCAACCAGGUGUGCCACCGCAUGGCCCCAACACUUGGUAUUUCUAACAAAACUGAUAUGUAAUUAUUUUGUUACUAUCUGGUAUAUGAACUCUGCAAAUAAAAGUUGUGCUAUAAUAGCACUGUCAGUUACAUGA